CUCGCCGGAUCGGCCGGAUAUUCAGACCCGGCAACCAGUGGGCCUAUUGGAUUUGUCCACUUGGCGUUUGAUACGGUUUCAACUACGUCUGCGAUCCAUCCAUAAAAUGAUACAAAUACUUACAGAAAAACGUGGUAUAAGUAAUUAAUCUUGUGAUUGACGAGUACAUAUUCCUUUUAGUGCUUCCAAAUAACAUAGAUACUCGAAAUUUAAUACUGCAAGACAUAACCUUGAUCAGUAGAAUAAACAUAAACAAUGAAGCUCAGAACUCUCACUCCAAAAUGCAAGUUAAUUUUGCUCAUUACGUUCUAUGGAGUGAUGUGUGUUAAUGCCACGAUAGAAAAGCCAAAACCUAAAAGAAUUGGCAAAGAUGUAAGAGAUAUGACUGAUGCUGAUUUGGAGCAUUUACUGGACCAGUGGGAGGAAAACGAGGAGCCUCUAGAACCAGAUGAACUUCCAGAGUAUCUUAGGCCUCAGCCAAAAAUUGAUUUAUCCAAUGUAGAUUUUUCAAAUCCUGAUAAUAUUCUUAAAGUAUCAAAGAAGGGAAAAAGUAUUAUGAUGUUUAUUGAUGUUAAUCCAGAACUUUCUGAAUUAGAAGCAGAUAGCAUUUUGCGAAUAUGGCAAACCAGUCUUCAAAAUAAUCACAUUGUUGCAGAACGAUAUCCCAUUGAUGCAAAAAGAGCAAUAUUCAUGUUCAGAGAUGGAGCACAAGCUGUUGAUGCUAAGAACUUUUUGAUCGAACAAGCUGAAUGUUCACAUGUAACUUUGGAAGGACAAAAUUAUGUUGGGAAACAUGCAUCAGUGGCUGCAAAAGAAAGAUUGGACCAAUUCCAACCAAAACCAAAAGGUACUGUAGAAAAAGUGGAUUUACCUCCGAAAAAUGAAUUGUAAAGUCUUUUUCAUAACAAAAGCAUUUUAUUCACAAUAAAAUUUGUGCUUAAGAUUACAAAAAA